GACUCGCCAGGAGAUGCGACAACAAAGCGCGACCAACCAGCACUGUAGGGCAUAUUGACAGGCGCCAUAAGGCGAAGAACUGAAUAACCAUCUACGAUAUCUAUUCAAGAGGGCACCACUGGUCCGACCGGGCUCGACUUCCCUUCACGCGGACGUUCCGAGCGACACUCGUUCACCUCGUUUUGUUAUGAACUCAAACACCUCCCAAAAUGUUUUUGCGUUUUUCUCUGCUGCUGUGCGAAAGAGGAGCCGCGAAACGGUGUGCGUCGUCACUGGUCGGUGAAAACGUUCUUCCACCCAACUUGCUGCUUCCCGCCAAACUGCGAGAUCCGCCCAGAACCAGGCGCCCGCCACCCCCCCCGGACUCCCCGCUGCCCCUACUGAGGUCUUGUGACGCCGACGUCCCUGCCCACCGGAGUGCUGUGCGGCUAUGGGUGGACGCUUUAGAGGGACGGGGCGGCGACCCGUUGGGCCUGGCCGAGCUCCAUCCAGACGUCUUCGCCGUCCCUCCCAGGCUGGACAUCCUGCACAGCGUAGAAGUGUGGCAGAGGAACUACAAACGCAUCAGUCACGCCAACACCAAGGUGAGGUCUGAGGUGCGUGGUGGCGGCCGCAAACCGUGGAACCAGAAGGGAGGGGGCCGCGCUCGCCAUGGCAGCAUACGCUCACCCCUGUGGAGGGGAGGGGGCGUCUCCCAUGGCCCCCGGGGACCCACCAGCUACUACUACAUGCUGCCUAUGAAGGUGCGCGUCCUGGGGCUCAAGGUGGCCCUGAGCUCCAAGGUGGCCCAGGGUUUUCUUCAUGUCGUAGACUCGCUCGACAUCCGGAGUCCGGACUCUCGUGACCUGCUGGAUGCCAUCAGACUCAAAGACUGGGAGGAGUCGCUGCUCAUUGUCGACGUUGAUGACAACUUUCCCGACAACAUCCUGAAGGCCACGGCCACUCUCAAGACCGUCAACCUAAUUCCAGCCCUCGGUCUGAACGUGCACAGCCUUCUGAAGCACGAAGGCAUAGUCCUCACGCUGGAGACGCUGCGCUUCCUGGAGGACAAACUGCUUUGGCACGACCAACGCUAUACGCCGCUCUACCCUUUUAAAUUGCCCUAUGCUGACUUCCCCUAAAUGCAUGUUUGAAUAAUAAAUGUCACAAUGACAAUAACAAAUGUUUUAUUUGUGAACAAAACAAGCUCAAACACAUGAAGGCCAAAAAUUGACUUAAUUUUCCUGCAUGUUCUUGUUCCUGUUUCGUCAACUACGCUUUAUCAUCACUUAAAAGACAAACGUAAAGACCCCCAAAUCAGUGUGUGAACUUCGAAGUCUAGAGCGUUCUUGUUUGUCAAAAAAAUAACCUUAAAGAUGCGAAAAGGGCUUAAAAUGGAUAUGUGAACUUGAACGUGUUCUCAGCUCACUUUGUCAUCUAAUAUUCUGUUCCUGCUUGUCACUUGAAUAACAAAAAAUAACACUGAACAUUGUGAAAGGGGCUCAUGCGGUAGGACUCCAUGUCCUCCAUAUUCAUGUUCCUGCAUGUUACUUCUAUUCCUGCUUGUCAUUUUUUUUCUUGUCUUUUUGUCAUCUCACAUUCUGUUCUAGCCUUUAUGCUUGUUCCUGUUUGUCACCAAAAAGCUAAGGAAUGUUACAAGCCCCUGAAAUCAUUACGUGAACUCUUGUUCCAGCAUUUAAUCACCUCACUUUGUUCUAAUAUUUUGUUACCGGCACAUCCUGUUCUUACCUUUGUGCUUGUUACUGCGAGUUGUAAUAGCAAAAAGAAAAACAAGCAUUAAAGCCGUCAACAAGUCCGACAAUA